UCACCGCCGCGGCAGCGGGCCGAGCUACAGGCGGAAAAGCGCGAACAAAUAACGAGACUUCUGUUUUGCUGUUUUGUUGCUUUACUUUCCCAUUGCAGCGUUUCCCCCUGAGCACCGUCUUUUUUCCAUAAGGAGCUGAGCAGGACUCGGGAAAUGCUCCCCUUGUGCGUACCAAGCUUUGAUAAUGAGACUCUGAUCCACAAACUUCUUGUUGCUUCGCAGACUUCCUUUUACAUCUACAGGUGUCAAAAGAAGCCUUUUGUGUUUUUAUUUUUAUAAAAUAGCCCAAAUCUACACGUUUUCUCUUCAGGAUUUGCGCACAGUGGUAGCUGGCGUCUUGUAAAUUAAUAAAGAGUUGUGUGUUUUUAAAUUAAUAUUCAAGAUAAUAUUACGCGUUUUCUUUUUCUUUUUUAACUGUUUGUUUCCAACCUCACCGCCGGUCAAACCCUCCGCAUUUUGCAACUCCUUCUCAUGCGGAUCCCAUAAUUGGAGACAUCACUGUGCCAACUCUUUCACGCGCGCUCUCAGGCGGCCGGAGCAAUGCAGCACGAGCGCCUGCUCAAAGUUUUAGUCAUCGGUGAUCUAGGAGUCGGCAAGACGUCCAUCAUAAAGCGCUACGUCCACCAGGUAUUCUCCCAACACUACCGGGCCACCAUCGGGGUGGACUUCGCCCUCAAAGUGCUUAACUGGGAUCACAAGACGGUGGUGCGCCUGCAGCUGUGGGACAUCGCCGGUCAAGAACGCUAUGGAAACAUGACUCGUGUGUACUACAGGGAGGCAGUGGGGGCACUCGUCGUCUUCGACAUGACCAGGCUGUCCACGUUUCAGGCUGUCCUGAAGUGGAAAGAAGACCUGGACUCGAAGGUUGCCCUGAGCAACGGGAGACCAGUUCCAGUCGUUCUGUUGGCCAACAAAUGUGACCAACGUCUGCACGGCUUGUGCCCCAAACUGCCCAAACUGGAAAACUUUUCCCAGGAAUACGGAUUUGUGGGCUGGUUCGAAACUUCUGCCAAGGACAACACUAACAUUGACGCCGCCAUCACGUGUUUGGUGAAAAACAUCAUGUCUGUGGAGGAGGAGAGGGCCACCAGCGAAGCUGCUAAGAGCGAACCAGAGGGCAGCAUUCUCGUUCUGCCUCGCUUUGACUACGAUGUGAAGGAGAAGGGUCUGGGAGGAUGUGCGGGAUGCACCUCAUUUAAAUCCAGACAUGGAGACAAUGACUGAUGGGGUGGGUGUUGGAGAUGAUGACUUCCUGAAAAUGAAUGGGCUGAGACUUAAACUCCCCCUCCCGUAUUACAUUGUUCUUACUUAUUUAUGUUUUUUCACAAGAUACAUUUUUUCAUCCUUAAUAUGAACAUUUAAUGAUAUUCUAUCUCCUUCAUAAACAGUGUAUGGUUAAGAAUGAUACAAAGGUUUGGAAAUCUUAUCAGAAAGAUGAUGACAGUUGUUCAGUGUAGACACAAAGCAGAGAUCUUUUGUCAUUUCAUAAAAUCCUGUCAUGUUCAUAACUGUUUUAAAAUAACAGAUUCAGUGGUUUGACUUAAGUAAAUACUACCUAUUUAUGCUUUAUUUAUAUUUUAUGUAGGAUCACCAGUUUCUUUUAAACUGGCUUUCAUUUUAUCUGUUCUAUAUCAGUGAAAAUAAACACAUUUUUAAAUGUUUUUGUCCUGCUGUAGAAGAUCUUUUUUAAAUGAUUUAAUCCCCUAAAGCCCGACCCAAGAAAAAAUGGGGAAAUUUUUAAUCUAAGUCUUUAUUUGGUCCUUUAACAAAACAUUAAAAAAAAUGUAUUACUGUGCAAUAUGUC